AUGCAAUGGGCAGACCGUCCCCUGAUCAUUGGUAUUGCCUCUGGCCUCGCCAUUGCUAUCAUCGUUGAUCAGAUCCGCCAAUUCUACCACAGCUGUGCCUCGUCAUCGUUGCACCCACGGCCUCUUCACUCUCAAGGCCAGGCGGAAGAGACCAUAGAUUUCAAGGGAGUGAGCCUCAUAUCUCCUCCACCGAUCGGUACCGGUAUAGAAUCAACUAUAGGCUCAACACCUCUUAUCGUCAUUCCCUCACUUUCAGCCUUUACGGGUUGCACGAUUCUUGCCAAAUGCGAACACCUGAACGGUGCCGGAGGCUCACCUAAGGACCGCGUCGCAUUGUCAAUCCUCACUCGGGCGGAAAGUCAAGGCAUUCUUACACCUCAUAGCGGAGAUACCGUCUACGAGGGAACAAGUGGGUCAACAGGGAUAUCUCUCGCAACGUUAUGCCGCGCAAAGGGUUAUCUUGCCCACAUAUGCAUGCCGAACGACCAAUCGCAUGAAAAAUCCAACCUUUUGUUGAAGCUCGGUGCGGUUGUCGAAAGAGUCCCACCUGCGCCGAUAGUGGAUCAAGAGCAUUUUGUCAACCGUGCCCGCAAUCUUGCGCGAGCACACACAGAAAACCCGGAGAAGAAAGGCAGAGGCUACUUUGCCAACCAGUUUGAAACGGAAGCGAAUUGGCGAGCUCAUUACGAAGGCACAGGCCCAGAGAUAUAUGCUCAAUGCCAGGGCAACAUCGAUGCAUUCACCGCAGGCGCAGGGACAGGAGGAACGAUUUCAGGCGUAGCUACCUAUCUUAAGGAAAAGCUACCAGGCGUUCAAGUUGUCCUUGCAGAUCCUCUCGGUUCGGGGCUGUACAAUAAAAUCAAACAUGGUGUAAUGUUUCACUCGCUGGAGAAGGAGGGAACAAGGAGGAGAGAUCAGGUCGAUACUAUUGUGGAAGGGAUCGGGCUGACUCGGUCAACGGUGAACUUUGAGCAGGGGAGAGUGUUGAUUGACGAUGCAGUCAAGGUGAACGAUCAGCAGGCCAUGAAUAUGGCGCGGCUGCUAGUUGAGCGGGACGGCAUCUUUGUGGGGAGCAGUAGCGCAGUCAAUUGUGUCGCUGCUCUGCAGACGGCACUGAAAUUAGGCCCUGGGCAUACGGUGGUCACAAUCCUGUGUGACUCAGGGAUGCGGCAUCUUUCCAAGUUCUGGGCACGGAUAGGUGAUAUUGGAGGGGAGGCCCGUACGACGGUCGAGGAUAUUCUUGAGAGCAGAAGGCUGGACUGA